CUUACCAUUUACUGGCAGAAAUGGGCUUCCAUAGCUUCCAUACAAAAGAGUUGGUCUGAAGAAACAUUUAAUUUAAUUUCUUUUGAUAUAUUUACUGUUGUUUUUUCUUUGCCCUCUAAGUUAUUUCAAUCUUGUUUAUUCAAACACUGCCAUGAAUUACACUGAUUCACUGUUAUUCACCACUUUGAUAUUUGUUUGGAAAAAUGAUGUUUAAAUUCUACAUUCUUUUUUGGGGUAUACUUUUUAUUUUUGUUUAAAAUGUAUUAUUGUAGUGUGGUAUUGCUACUUUUACUUAAAUAAACGAUCUGAAUAAUUUAAUAAAAUCCACUUUAUAAACUUGUGUAACUACUGUAUGUAAAAUGUGAAUGUAUAAUUUGUGACACCUGCACUUUUUUCUUUACAGUGAGCACUAAUGCUUAGAAAUGAAAUAAAUCAGUGAAGGUCAAUCACUGUGCCAUGUGUGAUUCAUUAUUCAUUCAGUUUCUGCAACAAAUCAACAAAGGUAACUUUAGGAUUAUGAUGCUUUCCUUCAAGAUUAAUUAAAAUACUUUACAAAUUAAUCAAUUAAUAUUUGAAUCAAAUUCCAAAUCACAUGAUUAAUUUCAGUGAAAUGGGACACUAGAUUACUAGAACAUCAACACUUUUGUCUGGCUUGUAUAACCUUGGCAAAAUCUGUAGAUAGUAAAGAUAAAUUAAAAUGCAAUGACAGCAGUAUCUGAGUUAUAAAACAGCACAAACAGCAGAAUGAUUAUGAAAUCAAAUCACCACAUACAGGAUGUCACACCUACUUUGGAGGACUAACUGGAAAUGCCACUGCCGUGGUUGAGCAGUUCUGCUGUUUCACUUCCUGCAUGCAGUGCAGUAACAACCUGCUUCGAGUUAAAAUGUAUUAUCUCUUGUUUUACACCGUGCGUAUUCUCAGCUUCUUUUCACCAUUGUGUCUGUUAUUUUCAAGAGUGGAUGCUUUCUAUGCUCAUGGUUUGGUUCGUUGCCAGUUUGCUUCAAGCGAUGGCCAUGAUGCUGUUUACCUGGUGCAGAUCUACUUUAACAAGGUGUUUCUGGCCCAAUACAACAGCACUUUGGGAAAAUAUGUCGGCUACACAGAGAAAGCAAAGGAAAUUGCAGAUGGCCUCAACAAAAACGAAGCUUUUUUGAAACAGGAAAGAAAGAACACAGAGUCCUGCAAAACAAGCAUCCCACUAUUAUCUGAUGCCUUAUUGAGAGCAGUUGAGCCCACUGUCAAGCUGAGGUCAGUUAAGACAGCGAGCAGCAAACAUCCAGGCAUGCUCGUCUGCAGCGUGAACGACUUUUACCCCAAACUAAUCAGAGUGACAUGGCUGAGGAAUGGAAAGGAGGUGACAUCUGAUGUGACGUCCACUGAGGAGCUGUCCAAUGGGAAUUGGCUCUACCAGACCCACUCCUAUCUGGAAUAUACACCCAUAAAUGGAGAGACGAUCACCUGCAUGGUGGAACAUGCCAGCCUCAUGGAGCCAAAGUUUUAUGACUGGGACCCCAUGCCUGACUCAAACAGGAAUAAGAUUGCUAUCGGGACAGCCGGGCUGCUGGUGGGUCUUGUCUUUUUCAUUGUUGGGCUGAUUUGCUACUACAAAAGGAGAACUACUGGGCGAGUGUUGGUGCCAACAAGUUGAGACAAUAAAGUUGGGACAACCUGAAACUUGAAAAUAUUUAUAAUAUAAGUUACACUAAUUACAUAAUCCGGUAUAAAUGACUUCAAGUAUAUGAACAUUUCUACUGGAAUCAACUAUCUUUGCAACACUCAAAGGUCCCAUGAAAUGAGAGAACCUACAAAAUCUGUGGAUCGAUGGGACCCUGCACCAAACAUGAGGAAUCUGACCUAAGAGCCAAAUAGGUUGCAAAUAAACUGAAAAACAGACCCUAUCUCUGAGGACUGCUCAUCUCCAUAGAUUAGAAUUAGGUGGAAAGUGACAGAUUGUAUAUGCUUGAGGUCCACAGCACUAUGGAGAAACCACCACUAUCUUAAUGUUCAAGAUUAUUUUAAAGUCAAGCUAGUUUGCACCAAAAUCCACAGGUGUAUCUCACUAGAUGGAAUCUGUGUAUGGACCCCCGAGUCAUCAAGAAAAACAGAUGCUCCACGAGAGGAGAGAUGGACGGGAUCCUCAAUAUGAAACUCACUAAAAGGCACUGAAUGAUCUGUAUUGUAGUUCUAUACAAAUGUUUUGUAGUCAUCGGCCUAGAUGGUUGUUUGUUAUUUACCAUAACAAAUAUGGCUGGUUUAAUCAAAGGAAAAGGAAAAUUUAACUAAAAUUGGUCUUCUGGUUACACAGAUGUUGUAUGUUGUGUUUAUGUAACAGCCCAGUUAUCUAUCAUUUGGUCAUUAUUUUACCCACCAAAACCAUUUAUCGUCCUCUGAGCUUUAUUUUUCAUCUUUGUGCCAAUAUUAAAUAUCAGGAAUGCAGUGGAUCAAUAUAUAUAUAUAUAUGCAUAACUUUUAUUUAUUGUCUGAACUCUUUUGUAAGCACAUGUGUACAUUUAUGUUUAGUCUUUAUGAUCAUUUAUAAAACUUUAAGGCUGGAAUAAAGAUUGAUCAAUCUGUAAUGUCUAUAUAUAACAGAAUUAAUUGGCUUAUUCAUGAACUGGAUGCAAACUGUAAGUGUGCUGCUAUAUCCUCAGAUGACUCAUUCUCCUCAUCUUCACUCUACAUAGACUCCUAAAUUGUGUAUAUUCAUAUACAUGACUUUACAACUUGAUGGGCCUAAAAGUUCAAAGCUGUGAUGACAAAAACUAAGAUCUCAAUAAAACCUCAGAGCUCUGUGGUUUCCUCUGUACUUACAAUACAUGUUGUGACCUACUUUUAUCACUGCUCUCAUCAACCUAACCAUCAGGUAUUUAAGCCCUCAGUGUAGUCUUACAGACAAGGGGCAACCUUGUAGCUUGGGACACUCAGGCCUGGUUUGAUACUCAUGAGCAAUAUGAGGAGGGGAAGAGUCAGGACAUGAUAUAAGAAAGGUUAACUCUCACAGAAGACAAAAAAAGGCAACAAAACAAAGACUUGUUUGUUUUGGGGCACUGUGGGGCUUCACACAUGCUGCAUGGGUUGUCCUCUGCUAAACCCUACAACACUGGAUAAAAUAAUUGUUGUCUUUUAUAAUGCAGAUUUUAGUUUUCAGCAGGAUCUGGCCAUCGUUGGCUUGAUAUCAUGUAGUGUGGAGGCUCUCAUUAGGUUAGGUCAAUGAUUCAUAGCGUAAGGGAACAAAACAUAAAUAAUCAAUGUUUAUGACCCCUGAGCCACUAUGAGGCCCACAAAUGAGUAAUUUAAAUCCUUUCUUGAGUACAGAAAGUCCUGUUUUUAUCAUAAUUUACAGUUUAUUUAUGCACACUGUCAUUUCUCAGCAGCUGCCAAAACCAGUUGGACUGCUGUUUUAACAUCAAUAUUUAUUAAAGCUAAAUAACACAGACAUUCUGGUUAAGCUCUUCUUUCUAUAAAAGGAUUUUGUUUUAUAACAGUGCACUUUUGGUAACUCAAGAAUACUUGGAUACACGUCAGUGAUUAUUGACCGAGGACACAAUUUUAUGACUUUGUUGUACACACAGUCUGGUCAUGUGAUUGGUGUCUGAGUUCCUUACUGGCAAAAGGUAUGUAAAUGAUCCUUUAUAAUGACUGUCAAGUUGCAAUGUUCACCUUUGAUCUAGUGUUGGUUUUAUUUUAGGUUUAAUCAUUUUCUAUUUUUAUAUUCAUUUUUUGACAUCGAUUUGGGCUUUUAUUUUGAAGGGCAAGUUUUCCCCACCCUGCUUUGUAAAAGCGGAUGUAAGGGAACUGGCAGACAAGAGCAAGUGUUUGGUUGUGAAAAUGCUCUUCUUGUGAUGAAAACUCUAAGACCUUGCUGGACAGCGAACAAGCUCUUACAGUGUGUUCGUGAAUACGGCACUGUGUAUUGGCAAUAAAGUCCUCAUGAACCAUCAGUUUGAGAGUUGGCCAUCAUUCUAGCUGAGGAUGCUACAACGAUAAUGACAGAUAAACCUUAUUGCUCUGUGCAGAUUGAGAG